UCCCCUUCAAAAUUUAAACAUCCCCACCACGCUCGGCCACCAAAAUUCCCACCAUAACCUCCGUUUCUCUUUUCCACUGCCUUUCCCUUUCUACUUCAUUUUUUUUUGACCGGUAUUCUCAAAGCAUCUAUACGAGUAGCACCAAGAGAAGGAAGGGAAGGGAAAGGGAGGGAGUUCGAAGAUGAUGAGCACGGCGAGGUUCAUCAAGUGCGUGACGGUCGGCGAUGGAGCUGUGGGGAAGACGUGCAUGCUCAUCUGCUAUACCAGCAACACCUUCCCGACGGAUUACGUUCCGACCGUGUUCGACAACUUCAGCGCAAAUGUGGUGGUGGAUGGGAGUACAGUGAACCUUGGGCUAUGGGACACUGCAGGGCAGGAGGACUACAAUAGGCUAAGACCUCUCAGUUACAGAGGGGCUGAUGUGUUCUUGUUAGCUUUCUCUCUCAUUAGUAAGGCCAGCUAUGAGAAUAUUUACAAAAAGUGGAUCCCUGAAUUAAGGCAUUACGCUCCCAAUGUGCCAAUUGUGCUUGUGGGAACUAAACUUGAUUUACGUGAUGACAAGCAGUUUCUUAUUGAUCACCCUGGUGCCACACCAAUUACAACUGCACAGGGAGAAGAGCUAAAAAGGAUGAUAGGUGCAGCUGGUUAUAUAGAAUGUAGUUCCAAGACUCAACAGAAUGUGAAAGCGGUGUUUGAUGCUGCAAUUAAGGUGGUCCUAUUUCCCCCAAAGCCCAAGAGAAAGAGAAGAAAGCGAAGGACUUGCUUUAUUUUAUAAGUUUGACGAGUAUUCUACCACUGAUUAAUGUUGUCCAUUUCAAGAAAAGUUGUGUUAGCCUUCUUCUUUUCAUUUAUUAUUACUUCUAAUGGAUGCACUUUGUUUUGAGAUCUUAAGGCUUGUUUUCUAUAAUGUAUUUUGAAUCCUAUUUUUUCGUGAAUUAACAAUUUGUUCUCAUCAAAUCUUUCCUA